AUGAAUGAAAAUGAUGAGAAUGGUCCGUCAACGCGUGUGACUCGAGCGAAAGCCGCCGCCUUAACGACAUCAGAUGUCCCUGCUGCCAACGGUGCCCUCAAGAAGCCCCUCCAGACAAAGAAAGCCGCUACAGGCACAACUGGGACGCAACGGAAACGCGCUGCCCUUGGCGAUGUGAGCAAUGUCGGCAAGGCAGACAAUGGCGAGACCAAGGACGCGAAGAAGACCACAACCAAGACUGGUCUAACGUCGAAAGCUACUAUGCAGACCGGAGGCGUUCAGAAGCUCAGCCGUAGCAACAUGUCCCGUACCGCCCUGGGAGCCAAGGAUAACAAUGCAAAGAAGCCUGCCACAGAGGCCAAGCGCCCCGGAAGCGGAUCUGGUAUGGGAAGCGCCAUGAAGCGCACUUCCAGCCAAAAGUCGCUACAGGAGAAGUCUUUCCAGCAGGAAGAACCUCCACGCAAAAAGGUUGACAUUGAGAAGGUUGUGGAGAAGCAGGCAGAGGUCGUCUCACUGAAAGAGAAUGUCAAAUCACGCACACAAACAGAAGAACUAGCCCCUGAAGACUUCGUUGCCGACCUAGACACUGAGGACCUGGAUGAUCCCUUGAUGGCCGCCGAAUAUGUGGUAGAGAUCUUCGAUUACCUUCGCGACCUGGAGAUGGAAACGUUGCCAAACCCUCAAUACAUUGUUCACCAACCCGAUCUCGAGUGGAAGAUGCGCGGUAUCCUCGUCGACUGGCUCAUCGAAGUCCACACUCGCUUCCGCCUCCUUCCUGAAACCCUCUUCCUUGCUGUCAACCUUAUUGAUCGUUUCCUAUCUGCUGAGGUGGUGGCCUUGGACCGUCUUCAGUUGGUCGGUGUUGCGGCCAUGUUCAUUGCUUCCAAGUACGAAGAGGUCCUUUCACCACACGUUGCCAACUUCAGUCACGUCGCCGACGAGACCUUCACGGAUAAGGAGAUCUUGGAUGCUGAGCGUCAUAUCCUUGCAACCCUCGAAUACAACAUGAGCUAUCCCAACCCCAUGAACUUCCUUCGCCGUAUUUCCAAGGCAGACAACUACGAUAUUCAAACGCGUACUCUUGGAAAAUACUUGAUGGAAAUCAGUCUCCUUGAUCACAGGUUCCUUCCCUUUCCCCAGAGCCAAGUCGGUGCAGCAUCCAUGCAUCUGGCUCGCCAGAUUCUCGAUCGCGGCCCAUGGGAUGCUACUCUAGCUCACUACGCCGGCUACACCGAAGAAGAGAUUGAACCUGUCUUCCGGUUGAUGGUUGACUAUCUGCACCGCCCCGUUUGCCACGAAGCAUUCUUUAAGAAAUAUGCCAGCAAGAAAUUCCUCAAAGCCUCAAUCAUGACACGACAGUGGGCCAAGAAAUAUCACCACGUGUAUAUCGACAGCGCUCUCUCAGAGCCAUACAGCUCCAUCAAAGAUCACGAAUAG